AUGCUCACGCUUCAUGUGCACAGCAGCUCUAUUUGUGGAAAGAAGAAGUUCAAACUCCAGGGAACCUACAGUCUGAUUCUUGCUUAUUUUCUCUCCUCUCAUGUUCAAGCAUCUUACGUGAGGUGCAAGUCGAAGAAUGAAACUUCCAAAUAUCAACACUGUCGGCUUCACCCAGACGGAGUCCAUGAUUUAGAUUGUUUUGGUAGAUUUAAGAAUCGUGGUAUGAAAGAGUGUGUGUGGAAACCUGGAAACCACACAUCAGAGAAGAUAUAUACACUCUUGCUGAUACAGAAAAAAAAAAAGGAAUAUUGCAACAUCACCGAAUCCUCUAUAACCAUCACGGUAUUUAAAAAACUGAACAUGACUGUCACCGUUUUUGAAAAUGGCGAGUCAGAGAAAUGCACAAAGUCAGUUUUCAGCGGUUCACCGAGUAGCCUGUUGAGAUGUGAUCCUCCAUAUGAAGUGUCCUUCCGCCGCCGGCUUGGAAAUCUACAUGUGAAUGUGAGCUGGCAACAGGAUGCCGUAAAGAAUUACUCUGUGAGGUAUAAGGUGCUGGGAAGCCUGUUAUGGAUCGAGCCACCGGUUCAAUCCCAAAACAAAAGUGGAUGCACAGUGGAGAAUCUAAACUCUUCUGCGUUCUACACUGUACAAAUACAAUGUGUCACUACUGAGCAAUGCUCCCAGUGCCCAUGGAGUGAGACCUACACUGUCCCAUCAGAGCUGACAGCACAGCCUGCCAUCGUCAACCUUGAAGACAGUGACAUCGCAGAGAGAACAGGCAGCAGGCUGCUCUCUCUGCACUGGAAGUUUCCUGCCACAGAGUCGUAUGACAGCUACCUUGUGACCGUUGCUAAAGCGUCAGGAGAGCCUCCGUGUGAGCGGAUGACAACGACUCGGCCUGAGAUCAGACUGAUUCUCUCCUUCUCCUCUUAUCAUCUCAACAUCAGUGCUGUGAACAACGCCAGCAUCUCCCCAGCAGUGAGCCACACGAUACCUCAGCGAGAGGACGUGCACAGUAUUGAAGAGGGGAAGCUGAACGUGACCGUCCACAGCAACAUAUCUUUUACUGUUUCCUGGAAAGACGAUCUCAUCAAAACCUACGUGUGCUUCUCUGCUGAGUGGAUGAGAAAGAGACAUCAAAGAGCGUCCAAGUCCUUUUAUCAGAACGAAAACAACUGGAAGACCUUAUCUCCUUUAAAAGCAGAGCCCCUGGAGCCUUACAAGAGAUACAGCCUCACGCUGCACACACGACCAAACAAGGUCACUUGCAACAUCAAGUACAUCAACAGCAGUGAGAGCACCUACGGGACGACACAGUUCUACUCCAUCCAAGGAUCUCCCGUCAGAGCUCCCAACAUCAGCAUCUGCAACAUGACGAGGAAUUCAGUGGUGCUGCAGUGGUCGUCCAUCCCGGAGGACGACAUCAGAGGCUUCCUGCUGGGUUACAGGAUCCACUACAUGGAGUACCACCACCAGGGGACGAGUACAGAGAGAAAUAUCACAGUGGAUCCACAGUCUGACACCUGUGAACUUGUGGAUCUGGAAGGAGGCACAGCCUACCAGGUCCAGAUCUCAGGCUUCACCGAGGCAGGAGCAGGAGUACGAAGCACAGCGUCCAUCUUUAAAACCAAGAUGCACCAAGGAUAUUUUCAUUAUUACAUCAAUGGUUAUAUCAUUCCUAUUGCUGUUGUGGCCGCUGUGCUGUUUUUUGCAUCAAUAAUAAUAAAGAGAGCUAAAGUCAUCCUGUGGCCCAGCAUACCGAACCCUUUGAACAGCAAUGCAAUGCAGAAAAUAGCAAAACUGGAACUCCUGGACUCCCUCAAACACCUGAACGUAGAAGAAUCCACAGACAGUCUUCAGAUAGUAGAGAAGGAAGCUUUGGUCCCUCCCAACACAUUAGCAUCAGUGUUUGUGCUCCUCCACGACGAGGAGGAGGAGGAGGGACACUCACCAGAAAUGACUUGUACCUGGGUCCAAAGUGACAUCGAAGAGCAUCCAGCUGGAGAUAUCGAACCCGACCACACUGCAGACAACUUCCACAGUUCCCCUUGUGCCUUUUCAAGUGACUACACAACAAUGGAGAUGUUCCAGCAGCAGAUGCCUCAGGGCAGCACAGCAAACCCAGAGACAGAUCCACAGGACACGUAUUGA